AUGGAUGAUAGCUCAAGCACACCAAAUCAUCAAGAUGUGAUAUCUUCGAUUAAUACAAAUAACAUCUUUGAGUGGACUUCUCCUCCAGAAGGUGUUAUCAAGAUAAAUGUGGAUGCGACUUUCAAUCUUGGUUAUUCUGCAGCUGCGGCGGUUGCCAGAGAUCACAAUAAGAACAUCGUUGCUGUGGCUUCUACUAUUCAAUAUCAGUCGAAACCACAAGUAGCCGAAGCAGCUGCAUUUCUCCUUGCAACAAAGCUUGCUCAACAGAUGCAGUUUCGCAAUUGCAUUAUAGAAGGUGAUUGUCAGACGGUAGUGGAAGUGCUUAAUGGAGAAAAAAAUGUUCCUUGGAGAAUUCUAAGAAUGAUACAGGAGAUCAAAAACAUUUCUCAGUCGUUCAGAUCAGUUACAUACAAUUUUGUGAAGAGAAAAGCUAACUCUGCAGCUCAUAAUCUCGCCUCAUAUGCGGUGAAGCAUAGUGUCCAAGCUAUUUGGACAUCCUCCCAGAUCCCCCCUUCUAUAGUUUCUUGCUUGUCAGAAGUUCAUACUUCUGACUACUUUUUCUUUCGUUUGUUCUUUUUUUUUUGCAAGACAAAAGAGAAGAGCAUAGCAAAAAAAGAAAACUAA